AUGUACCUCGGCACGUUGGUGCAGCGGACUGUGGAACGUUCUUCACGCCCGCCGGCCCAGGGCAACAGUCAGCCGGGGGGGUGUUGGCGCCCCCGUUGGGGUGUCCGUCGGCCUUGUCAGGCACCACUUAUCGGCCGUUGGCUAUCUGCCGAGGUUUCUUUCCCAACGCCGAACGCCGUGCUGUUCGAGGACAGUAGCGCUAACUUGGUUGGAAGAUGCCACCGUUUGAGGAAACCAUGCUCUUCGCAGACCCCGGCGCCAGCGCGGAAACGCAAGGAGCCCAAGCCCACAAGGGUGGCAGAGCUUGAGAGGCGCCUCGAGGAUCUCUCGGCUCGCAUGGAGUCCGUCCAACGCCAGGGACCAGCGCCGAGCCCGCCCAGCCCAGAUCACUAUGGCCUUCCUUCUAUUUCAGUCGGAGCUGCGGUUGACUUCGAGGGCCCCCCGCCACCGAGGAACUUCUCCGGGGCCCACGGGCCCAUACCCACCUUCGGCCGGGAUCGUUGGGACUCCCCGUUUGGCCACAUCUUUCCGGAUCGAUCCAUCUUCGAAGCCCAAUCGGAACACCAUCAAUCCACCGCGAGCAGCGGCAUUUCGCCGGCAACCAAGGCUGUCUCACCAUCCGCCCCUUCAGGACUCACACCAGCCCAUACAACGACAUCCGGUUCCAUAGGCUCGUCUCCUUACCUGCAAUCAUGCCCCCCACCACCCCAACAACAAGGCCGUGGUGGUCUAUGGCCGCAGGGGGAGGAGGCCGAGGCCUUUCUUGGCCUGUAUCGGGAGCGAAUGGGCCAUCUAUUCCCAUUCGCCAUCGUGCCGCCCCAUUUAACCGCGGCCCAGAUGCAAGAACAGAGGCCCUUCUUCUGGAAAGUGGUCAUGUUGGAGGCAUGCCUCUUCGAUGGCCAGCGGCAGGUUGCCCUGGGAGACGAGAUUCUGAAAGAUAUCUCCGAGGCUGCGUUCAUCAAGCCGCAGAAUAGCAUCGACUUCUUACAAGGCUUGCUCAUGUUUGUAGCAUGGUAUCACCAUAACCUCAAGAGCUUGCAUAUGACGCGGUUGCUCUUUCUCGCCCGGUCAAUAAACACAACCCUAGGUACCGCCGAGGUUAAAGGUGUGCCGGGCAAGGAAGGAUACGGCACCGAGAGCCUCGAGCGAAUGCGGGCAUUUGUUGGGACUUACUAUCUGGUGACCCUUACCUUCACAACCAACAAGCGGCCUGACGCCCUCAUGAACAAUGUGAGCUCGCCGUAUCUGGCAACAUGCUACCGAGCACUCUUGAAUCAGAUGGAGUAUCCCACAGACGAGCUGCUCGUCCACCUCUCCCGGGCGCAACAGCUGUCCCAGAGCAUCACGCAGGGAUUUGAGCGUCGCAAGGCAGUCCCGAGCGAGAACCGGGUACCUCAAGAAACCUUCAUCCAAAGCAUGCAGGAGCGGAUCCGCGCGUUUGUCGCCGCCCUACCACCACACAUCAGGACCAACCCCUCCCUGGAAGGGCACUUCUUCGUAGCCAAGAUCAUGAUCUACGAGAGCAGCAUGGAGGAGCUCUGCCAUUCCGCCUUUGCCACCCCACCCGGCGACCCGGGCUCCGCGGAUCUCAGGCUGGCGGAAACCAACGCGGAGCGGAUCAGGCUCCUGUGGGAAUGCGUGCGGCUCGUCGACGCCUUCAUGGUGCAGCGAUACUCGGGGGUGCCCGACGACUACCCGCGCUUCAUCUGCGCGACGUCGCUGGACCUGACCUACGCCUUCCUGAUCAUGCUCAAGCUCUCGACCAUCCAGAUUCCGGGACUCGACCUGGCGAGGGUGAGGGAGGAGCUGCAGACACACUCACACAUGUCGCAGUUGAUGAACCGCAUGGAAUGCAUGGCUGCAAAACGGAAGCGGGCGAGGGGGAGUGGCGCGUCACCGGCGGGGCAGUUGGGAGACUCGGAGGACCCUUACCAGAGACUCGCCCGCAAGCUCCGCCACGUCAUAGACCUUCUUCAAACCAGCGAGGUGGACAGUGAAUAUGCGGCUUCGCAGGUCGCCCGAGUGUACGACCCGGCACCCAUGACACUAUCAGACGCUGCGGUUGAGUUGCUGGAGGACUUUGGGUGGCAAGGGCAAGACGCAGACCCGUCAUGGGAUUCAUUUCUGACUGGUGACGCUGUCGACUGGACUACCAUCUUCAACAACUACGCCAUGACGGAGGAGUCUUUAUACACAACAUAG